CGGUGUACCAAGGCACAAGGCCUGGCGUGGAGCCCAGUAUCUCGUGGUAAUCUGGGGCCGGGCCAGGUCUGGUUCCCUGGGGGAUGGAUCUCGUGUGGAGUGCGUGGUGCGGAAAGUGCCUCAAAGAGAACGGGUCGCCGCCUCUGUGGGCCCAGAGUAUUGUGGUUGCCUGGCUAAAUAGGGCAGAGUGGGAUCAGGUGACCGUUUAUCUAUUUUGCGACGACCAUAAAUUGCAGCGGUACGCGCUCAACCGUAUCACGGUGUGGAGGAGCAGGUUAGGAAACGAACUUCCCCUGGCAGUGGCUUCUACUGCUGACCUGGUACGCUGUAAGCUCAUGGAUGUAACUGGUGGCUUGGGCACUGAUGAACUUAGACUGCUGUAUGGCAUGGCGUUGGUCAGGUUUGUGAAUCUUAUUUCGGAGAGGAAGACAAAGGUUGCCAAACUUCCCCUCAAGUUCCUGGCUCAAGAGGUGAAUAUUCCAGAUUGGAUUGUUGAACUUCGUCAUGAAUUGACCCACAAGAAAAUGCCCCAUUUAAAUGACUGCCGUAGAGGUUGCUACUUUGUGCUGAAUUGGCUCCAUAAGACCUUUUGGUGCCGCCAACUGGAAACCAGUCUAAGAGAUACCUGGGAGUUGGAUAAUAGGGAAGAAACAGAUGAAGAGGACCAAGAGGAGGAUAAGGAUACUGUUGAUCACAUGACAGAACAGAAAUCAAAGCCUAAGGAUGAGGAGGAAGGUCCACAGCCAGAUGUCAAGGCUGAUGGAGGCAGUGAAGGCAACAAAGAGGUUGAUUCUCAGUGGGAAAAGGCUCUGAGACAUAAAGAGCUCUAUGAAAGAGCCCGGGAACUGUUGGUAACAUACGAAGAGGAACAAUUUAAGGUGCUGGAGAAAUGUAGGCAUUUAUCUCAGGCCAUUAAGGCAUGGAAUAACCUCUCCCCACCUGUAGAAUGCAUCCUGGCAGAACUCAAGGGCAUUGCAUGGGAGAACAGGGAGGCUGUGCUGGAUGCAUUCUUGGAUGAUGGCUUUCUCAUUCCCACAUUUGAGCAGUUGGCAGCUUUGCAGAUAGACUAUGAAGAAAACAUGGAUUUGAAUGAUGUUCUGGUGCCAAAGCCGUUCUCUCAAUUCUGGCAGCCCCUACUCAGGGGCCUACACUCCCAGACCUUCACGCAGGCCCUGCUGGAGAGGAUGCUCUCUGAGCUGCCAGCCUUGGGGGACAGUGGAAUCCGACCCACCUACAUCCUGAGAUGGACCAUUGAGCUGAUCGUGGCUAACACCAAGACUGGACGAAAUGCUCGCCGAUUUUCUGCAAGCCAAUGGGAAGUGAGAAGGAGCUGGAGGCUGUUCAAUUGUUCUGCGUCCCUUGACUGGCCCCGGGUGAUUGAGUCUUGUUUGGGCUCACCUUGCUGGGCCAGCCCCCAACUCCUUCAGCUUGUCUUCAAAGCCAUGGGACAGAUCCUGCCCGAUGAGGAACAGGAGAAGUUGCUGUGCAUCUGUUCCAUUUAUACUCAGAGUGGAGAAAACAGCAUGGUACAGGAAGGCUCAAAGAUGACCCGUUAUGGGACUUCUCCUUACACACUGGAUAGCCUGUAUUGGAGCAUUAAACCAGGUGGCUCCAGCUCUGGACUUGCAGGAGAAGCACAACAGCAGAAGGAACAGGGAAAUAUUAGUGAUAUCAAGGAAGAUGAGGAGGAUAAAGAGAUGUUAGAAGAUCCGGUUGAGGAGGAAGACGAAAAUGUUGCCCAGAAGAAAUGGGAGGAGGAUGAAGAGGAGGAGGGGGAGGAAGAUGAUGAUGAGGAAGAUGAUGAUGAGGAAGAUGAUGAUGAUGAAGAUGAUGAAGAUGAAGAGAGAAUGGAGGUGGUACCUUUUUCAAUUGGGGAGGAGUCUCCAACUAUUGAGAAUGCCAGGCUCCUAGCCCAGAAAAGAGGAAUUUUGCAGGGCUCUACAUGGCAAGUUAGUUCAGAAGAUGUGCGAUGGGACACAUUCCCAUUAGGCCGAAUGCCUGGCCAGACUGAGGACCCAGCAGAGCUGAUGCUAGAGAAUUAUGACACCAUGUAUCUGUUGGAUCAGCCUGUGCUAGAGCAGCGACUGGAACCCCUAAAGUGCAAGACUGGUACCCUGGGCUUGAGCUGUGGCAUUAGCAGUGGCAACUGCAGCAAUGGCAGUGACAGCAGCAGUAAGUUGGAGGGCCUUCUUUGGAGCCAGGAACAGCUGCAUGGGCUCAAAAUGGGCCUGCAGCUCUUCUGAUGCCUGCCCUGUUGCAAGUGUUCAUCCAGCUCUGCUGGAGCAGCAGCCUCUCCCACCCCUAACCCCAGUGUACCUGAGGCUCCAUGAAACAACCUGGGAGACAGCCUUCAUCAUUCACCUAAGCUCAGCUUUCUAUCACAUUGGAAUUAUGAUUAUAUUUGGGGCUUUUUAAAAUUUUAUUUUGGAAAACAAUAAACAGAUCAAUAUUG